AUGGGCACUGAUUGUCAACAUGUUCUUCAAAGAAGUGACUCAAAAUAUCCGUCUCUCAGGUCACUACAUCAAUCUGCCAAGCCCAUCGCUGUCGGGAAAGGCAAAGUUGGACCACACUCUAAGAUGUUUAUUUGGACCAGUGGCCGGUCCUCCUCAUCAUACAGACCAGAUGAAAGAAGAAACUUUUACCAAAAAAUCAAGGACCAUGAUCUUCUGGACAAAAGGAAAACUGUGACAGCACUGAAAGCUGGAGAAGACAGAGCGAUCCUCCUGGGGCUUACAAUGAUGGUCUGUUCCAUUAUGAUGUAUUUUCUCCUAGGAAUAACACUACUUCGUUCAUACAUGCAGAGUGUGUGGACAGAAGAGACCCAAUGCACAUUAUUGAAUGCUUCUAUAACAGAAACUUUCAACUGCUCUUUUAGCUGUGGUCCAGACUGCUGGAAAAUCUCACAGUACCCCUGUCUACAGGUCCAUGUAAAUCUGACCUCUUCAGGACAGAAAAUUCUUCUGUACCACAAUGAGGAAACUAUGAAAGUAAAUUCUGAGUGUUCAUACAUACCACAAUGUGGAAAAAACUAUGAAGUCUCAUUGUCACUUGUGAAUAUUAUCAUGGAGAACUUCCGAAAACAUCAAAGAUUUUCAUGUUUUUAUGACCCAGAAGGAAAUCAAAAGAAUGUCAUUUUGACCAAACUCUACAGUUCCAAUGUAUUAUUUCAUUCAUUAUUUUGGCCGACAUGUAUGAUGAUUGGAGGUAUCGCCAUUGUCGCCAUGGUGAAGCUCACACAGUACCUCUCCCUUCUAUGUGAGAGAAUCCAAAGGAUCAACAGAUAA